UUCCUCUGACGUUCAGCAAACAAAUGUCAACUUUGUUUUCCAAUUCGUCAUAUUUGUGUCGUGUUAUCUGCUCACUGCCUUGACGAAUUCUAAGAUAAAUUAUUCGAUAAAAAUGGCUUCAAGCCCAGACGACUUGCUCAGCUUCAAGGAGUUUACCCCAGUUCAUGGCGGUAGCACCGCUCGACAGGGCACAGCUGAAAUCAGUGUAAAUUCACCGCAAAAAUCGUCCGGAGGUGUGGAUCCCCUUCAGGAUUUGAUAAACGAUAUGACGAUCAGUGCAAAAACACUCAAGGAACAGGAAAUGCCAAGUAAUUCGGAGGAAACCAAGCCGCCCGGGUACUCAUUCCUCACCAUUGAGUACUAUCAGCAGUUUUUCAACGUCGACACUCUGAUGGUGGUCGACCGGAUUGCGAGUUCGAUGAUUCCCAAGAGGGCACCGACCAACUAUUUGAAGUCGCACAUUGGGUUGAAUCCGGAUUUGUAUGGUCCGUUCUGGAUCAUGGUUACAUUGAUUUUUUCUAUCGCCAUCAGUGGGAACAUCGCGAGCUAUCUGCAUCACGCCAGUGUCGACUUCCAUUGGCGAUACAACUUCCAUUUGGUGUCCUACGCCGCAACAGCUAUCUUCAUAUAUGCCUGCUUCGUUCCAGUGGCUUUGUGGGGGUUGUUUAAAUGGAGCGUAAGGCCAACGACUGAUGAUAUUGAGUCUGAUUCUGCAAGCUACACACCAAACCUUCUUGCAUUGAUGUGCGUUUAUGGUUAUUCCUUGGCUAUCUACAUUCCAGUCAGCAUUCUCUGGGUUAUCCAGAUUUCAUUUUUACAAUGGUUGCUGGUCAUCACGGCUGCACUGCUCUCGGGAUCCGUUCUUAUCUUCGUCUUGACACCGGCUCUACGAAAUUCUAACAUUUCAUUGUUUCUCAUAGCUGGGAUCCUUAUCGCUCAUUUCACUUUAGCUGCAGGAUUCAUGUUGUACUUCUUCCAUGUUCCCAACGGUUAUGGAACUGUUGAACAUUUAGCAACAGCGGCACCGGUGGUACUGCCAAAAAGCAAUCUAACGUCGUAGAAAAUUAUGUGUGAUAGUUUAUAUUGUAUUAUUUCUAUGUUAAAAAUUGACAUAAUGAACUUCAAUAAAAUGUUGGUUCGGUUUAAUA